AUGUGGACGACCUUGUUUACCGUGGCAGCCGGGCUAGCCAGUCUGCCAUUGAUUCAUGCCUUUAACAAUCCCUCAGGUGUAGACAUCUGGUGCGGUAAGGCCUAUCGAGCGAGCAAUGCUUCCUUCAACCCUGGUGGGUGGUUCGAGCAGCCCUCAUACUCCUCCACUCCCCUGCUCGACCUCAAAGUCCGGCCGCGAAUGAGCAUCUAUCUCGAGACAGAUGCAUCAGGUAGUCUUCUCGUUAACACGACCGUCUCUCACCUUGUCGGUGAUCCUCUACCUGUGAAGCCCAGCACAAACUACACAGACCAACACCUCCAUCUUGACAUCCGCAUUCUCACCGACGAGGCCCCAAUUGCAUCUAUCACCAACUAUACCCUCCCACUCGACGCCACCAAAGCCGAAAUCCCCCUCUACUUCGACUUCCUCACCCCAAAACUAACCCCCUACACCAUCACCACCACCGCCACCUUCAUCAACGGCAUCGCCAACACCACCUUCACCACCACCUCCGAACUCUUCUACCUCCCCCAACGCACCGACGGCGGCAGCGCCACCCGCAUCGACCAUCGCACGGGCAUGCUCUCCUACAUCCAGGACCAAUCCAUAAGCUGGACCCCAAUCUUCCCCUACACCUACUACGCCCAAUGGUCCCUCUACUGGGACACCAACACCAGCACCCUAGAAGCCUUCACCUCCCAAGGCUACAACGUAAUCCACAUCGUCCCCACAGGCACCCUCAGCGACACGCCCUUCCCCUGGACCACCUUCGACCCCUACCUCACCACCUCCGACAAGCAAAACCUCCACCUCCAAUACGACGUCCUCUUCGACCCUACCAACCUGACCAAACUCACCGACCAAGUCACACACAUCCACACCCACCCCUCCCUCCUACUCUACUACACAGCCGACGAACCAGACGGAAAAGGCAACCCCCUGAACUCAACCCGUCUCGCGUACGACCUCAUCCGCUCCAUGGACCCGUAUCAUCCGGUGUCUCUAGCUCUGAACUGUAAGGACUUCUAUUAUGAGGAGUAUGCCUCCGGGGCGGAUAUCAUCCUGUCGGAUGUGUAUCCCGUCGCGACGAAUACUUCCUGGUCGACUGUGUAUGACACGCCGUGUAAUGCUACGUUGGAUCAGUUCUAUGACUUUGAUGCGGUUAUUGGUUGGGAGAAGGUGCAUUGGGGCGCGCCGCAGGCGUUUGGGGAGGAGACGUUUUGGACGAGGUAUCCUACUGCGGUGGAGGAGGUGGUUAUGGUUAUGUUGAGUGUCAAUCAUGGCGCGAUGGGCAUUGUUAUGUGGGAUUAUCCGAGCAGUGAUGGGAUUGAAAGGGUUACGCGGGAGUUGGCGCCUGUGAUUACCGGGGAGGUGUUUGUGGGGUUUUUGGAGGAGGGGGUUAGAAGGGUGGGGGUGGUGAAGGGGGCUGGGAGGGUGGAUGUUGCGUGGUGGGUGCUGGAAGAAGAGGGGAAGGCAUUGGUGAGUGUGGUUAAUUUGAAUUAUCGGGGGAUUGGGAAGGUCAGGGUGGGUUUGGAGGGUGUGAGGGUGGCUGGGGUGGAGAAGGUGCUUUGGGGUGGGGAGGGAUGGGAUGUCAAGGAUGGGGAGUUGGUUCGGGAGGGGUUGGGAGGGUUGGAGGUGGGUAUCUUGGUGGUGAAUUUGGUGUAG